CCCGUUCCCCGUUUGCCGUUGCUCGUACAGGCGAUCAUCCACCAUUGCCCUUUUUUCUUUCGUGUGGCUUGAGAGUCAACGAGGAUUUUGACAGGCCGACACCGGUUGCACUACCCUCCGUCGGGGGUUUCGCUCAGCUGACCAGACACGAGAGACACCGGCCAUCCCCGCCCCCAGUCGGUGUGUCGCUUUUCGUUGCGUAUCUCUGAGAUCUUGAUAAAUGCACCCGUCGUAUCGUUCUGUAUUGCCCAUUCGUUAGAUCCCUCAUAGCAUACCUCCUUAUACAAUCCAUCCUCUAUAGCCACCAUCAAAAGAUACCAUCAAUCAUGACCGUCAACGUUGUGUCUAGCAGCCAAGCGCUCGGUGGCGUCGGCGACGUCGUAGCGCACAAGGGGGAUCGCUUCGAAGAACUCGUGCUGGCGCUCAAGAACGCCCUUGGCCCGUCGUCGGGCUUGACGUCUGACGAUGUCGACGUCGGCUUCCUGAUGGAGCUCAUGCGCGACUAUGAUGGCAAUGACAUGAAGUGGUCCAAGUAUGCAUUUGGCGACGGCAGCAGAGGAUACACUCGUAACCUCGUCGAUGAGGGAAAUGGCAAAAGCAACCUGCUUGUACUCGUCUGGUCCCCAGGAAAGGGAAGCCCCAUCCACGACCACGGAAACGCGCACUGCGUCAUGAAGAUUCUUCGCGGCGAUCUCACUGAGACUCGCUACGCCUUCCCAGAGAAGGACGAGCCCGAGGGACCGAUGACUGUCAUCUCCGAGAAGACAUAUAAGGAGAACCAAGUGACAUACAUGGCCGACGAGCUCGGCCUCCAUAGAGUCUCCAACCGUGGCAGCGACUUCGCUGUCUCACUGCAUUUGUAUACUCCCCCCAACGUAGCAAGGGAAGGCUGCCACAUCUUUGAUGAAAAGACUGGCAAGCGAAGCCAUGUGCCCGGCUGCAUGUACUUUUCGAUGUAUGGUCGCCUGGUCAAGGAGUAGCAAGCAGCAGACUUGGCAGCGUGUGCAUCGGGUUCAUAGGAAGCGGCGUGUUGGCGUUGGUUUUGUGAUGUCUUUCUCAUAAUCGUCUUGUUGCCUGUAUUGUUUUAGUUCAUGGUUCUGGGUGUCGUUGGGUAGCAUCUGCCAUGUUCAUCCAUGGCGGAGAAGAAGCGGUCCUCAGCGACGGAUAUAUAGCGAAGCACAGC